AUGGCCUUGAAACCUGAGGACCCCUGUGGUGGGUUCCAGCAUGGCCAGGUGGUGGCCUUCAUGAAUGAGAAAAUGACCAGGCACGCAAAAGGCCCUGAGUUCUACCUCGGGAAUAUAUCCCUGUCCUGGGAGGAGAUACAAGACAAGCUCAGGGCCAUCCUGGAGGACGGUGCGGUGCCCAGCAAAGCCAAAGAGAACUGUGCCUGGGGCAGCCUGGCCCUGGGCCUGCACUUCGCCUGCAGACAGGGCCAGUUACAUGGGCGCAGAGUGCAGUCACUACAGGACUUGGCCAAACUGCAUAAGUCAGCCACACAAGCCUUGGCCUCAGUUGUGAAGGAGCUCACAGUGCAGCAGAUGGAGCGCAAGGAGGCAGCCUUCCAGCUGCUGCGGCAGACUAACGCCAACCUGGCAGAAAUGCAGAAAGAGGGGGACCAGGAGCUGGGGUCUCCCCGGGAGUGGGUCGCAGAGCGGGCAGGCCUGGCCGCUGCCAGUGGGGCUGGGAAAGAAGGAGCAGGUGAGAAGGAAGAGGAGGUGAGCGUGGCUGCUGCUACUACUGCCACCGCCGCUGGCGCUGCAGGAGGAGGAGGAAGACAGAAGGAUGCGGAGGGGGAGGAGGCUGCAAAGGAGCUGGGUGGAGGCCUUGUGCAGCUUCUUGGAGCUGUGGAGCAGAAAAAUUACCCCUCUGGCGGGCAGAGGGAGGGAGGUCUCAGGUCUGCGGAAACAGCCAUGUUUUACUUCUCUGAGACCAUGGAGCCCGGGUCCACAGUCUCCCCAGCACCCCUUCCUGUGCAGCUCCCGGCCUCAUUCACAUACUCCUAUUCAUGCCCCUUACUCCCUUUUCCAGACGCACCCACAGCAUCCCCACCCGCAGCAAUGUUCAGGGCAGGAGCUCCGUCUCAGUCGUCUCCGCACUGGGGGCCCUCUAAUGUUAGCUUAUGGCCUGAUGUGGGGGCCCAGGGAAUAGAUCCUGAAUCCCAGAGAGACAAGAGAGGCUUCGAUCCCCAUGGUCAGGGAAGACCUCCAGUAUUUCGCAGGCCCGGGGAUUGGGACUGCCCUUGGUAUAAGGCUGUGAAUUUUUCACGGAGGGAAAUUUGCUUCCGCUGUGGGAGGGGAAUCUGGCUACAAAACCCUUGAAUUCAAAAAUGUGAAACAGAACAGAAACAUCCCAAUGGGAAAUCAAUUUUCAGAGGGAGGGGAAGA